AUGCUGUCUAAGUACUCAGUCUCUGUCCUUGCGGCAGCAGGACUCGCCUCUGCACAAGAAACCGUCCUCGGUGUCUAUAUCUUUUCCCGCCACGGCGAUCGUACUGCAAAAUCCACUCCGCCAGCCAAUUUGACUGACCUAGGAUACAAUGAAGUCUACACGAGCGGUACCUACUUCCGCAAUCGGUAUAUCGCGAGUGAUGCUUCGUCUCGGAUUUUUGGCAUGAACAGCGACCUAGUCAAGCAGUCUCAGAUUGUUGCAUCGGCUCCCACCGACACAGUCCUUCAGAAUUCUGCAAUGGGUUUCUUGCAAGGUCUCUACCCUCCUGUUGGGGAGACACUCGGAAGGAACACCCUGCGCAACGGGACUUCGGUGCAGACACCUCUCAACGGCUACCAGCUCAUCCCACUUCAGACAGUCCAGACUGGCACCAACUCUGAGAACGCUGCCUGGCUUCAAGGCUCGACAAAUUGUGCAAACGCACAGAUCAGCUCCAACGACUACUUCAACUCAGCCGAGUACCUGGAGACUUACAACGCCUCCCAACCACUGUACGACUCGGUAGUCCCUAUGGUGAAUCGCACUUUCAGUGCAUCUCAGACCAACUUCCAGAAUGCAUACACCAUCUGGGACCUCCUCAACGUCGCCUCCAUUCACAACUCGUCCACCAAUUUCCCCAAUGCCGAUCUUCUGACACCUGAUGUCUUUGACCAGCUCUUCUGGCUGGCCAACAACCACGAGUUCAACCUCGCCUACAACAACAGCGAGCCAAUUCGUGCUAUCACUGGCGCGAUUCUUGCCAAUGAGGUCGUCACAGCCCUCAACACGACUAUCACCUCCAACGGCAAGAGCAAGCUCAACAUUCAAUUCGGCGCGUACGCUGGGAUGUUGUCUUUCUUUGGCCUCGCCAACCUCACGCAAGCGAGCCCAGACUUCUUUGGUAUUCCAGACUACGCCUCUACGCUAACCUGGGAGCUUGUCACGAACGCCACGGUUGAGAAUGGCAAAUAUCCUAGCACAAACGACAUCAGUGUGCGAUUCCUAUUCCAUAACGGCACUACCUCGAACACGUCCACACCCACCGAAUUCCCUCUGUUCGGCGGCGAUGUCUCCCCACUCCCAUGGAACGACUUCGUGAAUGGCAUGAACAAGUUCAGCAUUAAGUCUCAGGCAGAUUGGUGCACGGCUUGCGGCAACAGCACGGGCGUCUGCGCUUCCAGCUCCGAUUCGUCUUCGUCGUCCAAUGCUGCAGAUAAUGAUGGCGGAAACGGAGGCAGUGGUAUCAGCAACGCUGUAGCAGGUGUCAUUGGCGCCAUGGUCACCCUGGCAGUUGUUUUGGGUGCUGAGCUGCUCAUCAUGCUCGUUGCGGGAUUGCGAGUCGUGAGAAAGAAGACGCUUAAUGCGCUGAGGGGUGGACAUGCGAUUUCGCCUGUUGGAAGUGAAACUGCACAGAAGGCAUGA